AUGGCAACGGCCAGCUGUGUUUCUACGAUUUGCAUCGCUUCACUGGUUCUUUUGAUCUGUAUCUCUGCACUGAUUAGGGUAACCUACCGGAUGCCGCUGAAGCCUUCUAUUGAAGCACGUGCCGCUGUGGCGGCGCCCGUCUGCAGCGGGCCACGGCUGCUUUUUCACGUAGGGCCAGCCAAGACAGGAACUUCGGCCCUUCAGCAUUUUCUGUUCACGGAGCAGCAGUGGCUUGAGCACUCCUGGAAUGUGGGCGCGGCGAUGAACGGUGUCAAAACUGGACAGUGUCUAGCUUGGCACGUGGCCUGCAAAUUUGGGCACGAAGAAUCUUGUCGAAAGGCUGUCAAGAGAAUGCGCCUGGACGAACUUAAUGUGACUGCACAACUAGAGUCACUAGAAUCUUGCGCAGCCUUGAUCCUCAGUCUCAUAAAGACAAAGCUGCGGAGACAUGCCUCGGUGGUUUUCUCGUCCGAAGCCUUGGCACGACUCGAUGCAAGAAUGUGGCAAUACCUCAAAGCUAUGUUUCAGCAAGACAAUGACAAGCCGUGUUUAUCGGCUGUGGUUUUUCAUCGGGCACCAGUUGAUUGGCUGGCGUCACUGUGGAUGCAAGUUGCCAAACAAGAGAAUGCGCCGAGAUCAUGGAUGGAGUUUCUCGGGCAGAUCCGGCAGAUCGGAAGUAGAGACGGGGGACUCGUCAGACCAGAUGCGGAGGGAGACGUAGACCUCCAGCUGCAGCUGCUGAAUAUAUUGAUGAAUGCGUUCCCUCAAGCAGUGGACGCAGCUUCUUACGAUUACCUGAAGGAAGUGAACUGUAGCACUGCUGCUUUCCUCAUUUGUAACGCCACCCUCCGGAAAACAGGUCAGACUUGGGAAAUCUGCAGAGAUGCGAUCAACAGAAAGGCGGCUGCUAGUAUACACGUGUCACCACCCCUGGCAGCAGUGGAUGUGCUAAGACUGGCACGCGCAGUGAAGAACGCCACUAUGACUGCAACACAGGCGAGGCUUUGCAAGAACCUAACCAUUCCUCUUGCGGGGUCACCCAAGGUUAUCAAGGUUGCAAGUUCUUUGCCUCUGAGCUGCGCUGAUCUUGACGAUUUCUUCAAGCCAGAGACCGAUACAUGGUUUGUGCGCACUCAAGCGCAGCGGGCACAAACUAGGUCAAAGCCAUUCUGCAGUGUCGCAAUUGAUCGUCUUGAGCCGGAGCAUUGGCAAUUGAUCGGUAGUCUGGUGCAAGGUUGCUGA